GAAUCUAAUAACAUAAAGUAGAGAGGGACUCCCUUCUCCUUGCGCCAGCGCAACAAAUAGAGAGAGGAUGUUGCGACACGUGUCCGAUCUGUAAAACGCAGCGCGCCGUUUAAGUCGUUCACUCUAUUUCAAUUGUUUUGUUGGGCUUUAAAACAUUCAGCCCAUCACGUGUGUUAGACUGUCACUAAACGCAACGUUCUCGGAUUAAGUUAUGCUGAGGCCUUCUCGCGUCUAUAGCUCGCAAGGCGAUUCAACUUGCGCAUCUGACCUUCGGUCUCCUUCGUCGCUAGAUCUCUGAAACCGAUCAAUCAAUCAUCUUUAAUCACCCCCCAAUUAAUCUAUCAUCCACGAUCUGGAUUCAAUGCGAUGUGCAAGGCAUUUGAGACGACUAUAAGAAGGCCGGUCGCUCCUCUUCCACCGUUGAAGUGCGCUUGCUCCGCUUCUGGGAGGCCAGAAACGUCCGCCGAGGUGGCGAGCUCAUGGGCGUCGACAUGCUCUUGCUUGACUCUAAGUCGACCAUGAUGCCGGCUACUGUCAACGUUAACCGUCUCGCAGUGCACCAGACUAAUCUUGAAGCGGGUUCGGUUUACUCCCUGACCGGUUUUGAAGUAACAAGGUGUAACCAGAAUUACCGCCUCUCGGACUCUUCUCUACAAAUCCGGUUUAGCGACUCCACCACUUUCGAGAAGAUCACUGAACCGGCUGUUCCGAUACCUCUUGAAUCAUUCCGGUUUCGUAACUACAGUGAGAUGCUUGGUCUUGCUAACUCCAACAACCAGCUUCCAGAUCUUAUUGGAGAGAUAACUGCUGUCAAGAGUACGGUCACUGACCCCCCUCAGGACAAGAAUCGUGUUAUGACGACCAUCAAGAUGGACAAUGACACAUCUGUGACUAUGAGCCUCUUUGACGCUCAGGCUGUCAAGAUUCAUAACCAGCUCGAGCAGAUGAGAGUGGAUCCAAGGGUUUUCGUUGCAACCAGUGUGAAUCCGAAAAUAGUGGGAGGUCGUCUGUUUUUGAACGCAACAUCCGGUACACACAUCUAUUUCGACAAGGAAACAGAUGCAGGGGAGAGAUUGUUUUACAGGUUGGUUGAGCAAGACACUGGGGUCCCGCCAGUAGCUCCGCUGCUAAAGAGUUAUGCGAAGGUCGAGAAGCUGAGCAUAACUGAGCUCAAUGAUUUUGUCCUUUCUGCUGCGUCCCAGGACAUUGAUUUCAUUUGCACCGGAAAAGUUACCGAAAUCAAAGUGGACAAGGGGUGGUGCUAUGUUUCCUGUUCAAAAUGUUUCAAGAAACUCCACCGGUCUGUCUCAUCUCUUACAUGUCUGUUUUGCAACAACACGAAUGCAGUUGGUGUCCUUCGGUCUGUACUGAAUCUGAGCAGCUUAUCAGUUUACGCUAAACUUGCUGUGUUAUUUGAUACAUUUAUCCUAUGUGAUAGGUACCGUGUGGAGAUGUCAAUUGCAGACAAGACUGGUGAGGGUUUGUUUGUUGCAUUUGAUGGAGUUAUGGCGAAGCUCCAUAACAUGAGGGCCCAUGAAGCUGCCAACCUCUUGGCUGGUGAUGGGGUCAACCCCGAAGAAACUGAUACCCCUCCGUUUGUUCUUGACAUGGAGGGAAAGACAUACACGUUUCAGGUGAAGGUGGGCCCAUACAAUUUCACUGCAAAUCAUCAGAGCUUCACCAUUUCACGCAUCCUCGGCGAGGGUGACCGUGAGCCACAGCCUGACUUCGUUAAUGAUGGUGGCGACGAUGACAAUGGAGAUGACAACAAGGAUGCUGGUUUGGUUAGUCGUAAGAUGGACGGUGGUGGAUGUAGCAAGUCUGGAAAAGCAUCUGCUAAGUCGAAGAAGGCACGGAAGGCAUAAGUGGAAACGCAUAGUUUUCUUCUCAAUAAUAAUAAAGUCGUUUUUUUUUUUUAUAUGAACAAGUAUGGAUUUGAAAUUUCUAUUUUGGUGUUUUUAUCAUUGUUGACAUUUGAGUUGUUUUUUUAUAAACAAGUAUGCAUUUCAUAUUUACUUCUACUUUAUGUUAUUGUAGUUCCAAAAAAAUGUUUGUGUUUCUUUGAAUUUCCUUGGAAAUAAACAAAGCACAUUUACAUAGCA